CACGCUGUCAGUUUUCACUGGUGUUCGUUUCGAGUGAAAUUUUUCAAAAUGGACAUUGAGCGCCGGUAACAGUAUUUUCCAGAAGUGUUAACCCACGAUGUGGGUCUUUAAAUGUUUUCUCAGUUUUUUAUACCUCUUAGUAUAUUUAAAGACAGUUACAGUCACCUUAUUUCAGCAAAUUAGACGAUAUUUUUCGCUCAGUUUACGGACGUGCACUUAUUGGAAAAUCAGAGAAGACUCAAAAGACCUCACGAAAGUUCCACGACACAUCAGCUUCGUGGUUUUGGAGUCUGACAUUAAUUUUGUAGAUCUUGCUCAUCUCAUUGUAUGGUCCAUGGCUAUGAGAAUACAGUAUAUUAGCUUAUAUGACAGAGAAGGUAGGUUGUUUUUACUACCUUUUUGAUAUGAUGCAAUUCCGGUACGUGGAGUAAGCUUUGCACAUGUAAGCUUAGUACUACUUGUUGGUUUCCAAUUUAAUGAACCUGACAGGUAGCUAUUGAUUGAUAGUAAUGCUAAAGAAAUCACGUUUAUAUAAGAGCCUAUGUUCUUGAUCGAUCAGGUUUGUUAAAGAAGAACGCUGCAGCUUUAUCAAGCGAAAUUAUAAAGAAGCUAAAAGAAGUUUUCGAAGAGGAAUCCAGCAAGUUUACGUUUGUUUUGAGAACAAAGGACGUGAAGUUUGAUUGUGAAUUAUUGGGUGAGUUUUGACUAGAUCCGUAACUUAAAUCGUAUCUACAAACUCUCAUUAAAGAAGAUAUUCUUGCAUAUUCUCAGAUUGUUAUUUAUUGAUUGCGUUUUUAGAAACCUAACCCUGCCUCCUUGGGGUCCAACCUACUCAAAUUGCAUGAAAGUUGAUGCCUCAGGUAUUAAAAACACCGGGAGAUGAGUUAAGCACUUCCGACUGAACUUCACCCUUUCCGUCCAAAAGACCUGAACUUGACUCGUAUCACGAGUCUUGUGAUUCAGAGUGUUCAAUCCGUUCUGCUGUGUGCAGGCAACGUUAUGACCAAUGACCAUAGUGUUACGUUUCUUUCAACAUUCUUUUUUAUUAGGGGUGGGGGAGAGGAAAUCUUGCUUUUAUCAAGGGCUAUCAGUUAACGAGUUUCUUUUAAAUUUCUUUGUGCUUUUCUGCCAUUUAGCAUUUGGAUGGAAGGCUCUUGAUGUUUACUUACCGUGUAUGUGGAAAAAAUUCUCUAGACCCUGCUAAUAGUUUGUCCAAAGUUCAAACUGUUCGGAUCUCUGUAAACACCUGUCGGCUUCUUGGCCAGGAUUAUGUACAUAUGCGGUACAUAUUCUUUUAAAGAUGCUGAGUCUCCCAGUGUGCAAAGAAAGUAGUGUCUGAUAGCCCGGAGCAAGUGGAUUUUGCUAUCGGGCUAGUGAUUUUUGUUCUUAACUUGCCCGACAGGCAAGUGCUGUUUUUGGGGGAAAUUCAAAUUACAGAAGGAUUGCAAUCAAUUCAAAUUACAGAAGGAUUGCAAUGAAUCCUGCUAAUCAAAAAGGGUUUUGGGGCUAGUUGAAAUGACUUGUGGGCUAGUACAUGCUAGGUACAGCUUGCCCGAAUGACAGGCUGUAAAACUGACUUUCUUUACACCCUGGUCUUUUAAUUUAUCAACUUCUGCAAAAUUUUGAAUACCGUAUUUAUUUGAAUAAGCGCCCAACCUCAAAUUAGCAACCACCUCGAAUAAGCACCCAUCCUAAAGCCAGAAAGAGUUUAUAAGCACCCAACCUCGAAUAAGUGUCCACCCCCACCCCACCACCUUUCACCUCCCAACCAAAAAAAAAAAAUGAACAAGCACUAAUAGCAGACUUCCCCGAAGAUGGAGUUUUCUUCAGAGUAUUUUACAGAAACCUUGCUUUGUUAUUACCAUUUAUAAUUGUUUUGUUACAAAAUAAGCAUUCUACACUUGCUGAAAUUGUGAAAAUUUAAUAAGUGCCCAGCCUCGAAUAAGUGCCCACCUCAAAUAAGCGCCCUUUCUCAAGGUCCAAAAAUUUAAUAAGUGCCCAGCUGGGCAGUUAAUUGAAUAAAUACAGUAACUAGUUUUGUCGAAAACUGUUCAUUUCAUUAUCCUUGUUUUAUAGCCCUGAUUCAUUUCAUUUUGCAUACAGGAUUAAGUAACUCUUCAAACUACAGUAUUUAUUGGAAAAAAAUUGUUGGCACAACAAAAUGUAGACUGCUCGUUGCCAACCUUCACACUCUUCCAAUGACUUCUAAAAAACUGUUACCCUGUUCAAGUCAAGAUUCUAAAUAGUGAAAUAAUAUAAUGUAAAAUAUUGCAUACCCUGUUUAAGGCAUCAGACUCUGAAAACCACACCCAUUUAGGAUACUCAAGGGAGUAUACAAUGUACCCCUCUGAGGUACAGCAUUGUAUUACUUUUUUUUUAAUCUUGUUAUAUCUCUGCAGCUCCAACACAGGUAUGCAUAACCCUGCUGUCAGAAAAGGAUGGUAAAGGAGACAUUGUGGAAGCUGCCAGAGAAUUUUGCCAAGACGUUCAGACAAAAAGAAGAGCAACAAAAGAAAUGGAGCCAGACUAUUUAAACAGCCUUUUAAAAGGUGCUGAACAAAAUCAAUGCAGAAUGUACAUGCAAUAGCGUGCGUUACAGCCGGAUUUGUCACUCAAGACCUAGUUGGAGAACUCAAUGUACAUGUAGUGCAUAGGGAUCAGAGAUUUAGACUGUCUUUGAUGAUGCAAGCUAUUAUGUAAUGGAGUGAGCCAAAGCUUUCCAACUAUAACUGAAUAAUAUUAUUAGUGUGAAUAUGGUGCAAGUGUUCAGUUUAUUUGAUGAAUUCUCUAUUGGACAAAGAAAAUUAAAUUUGUAUUUUAAGUUUAACAAUUCAGCUUAAUCCCUGAAAUAUUUCUUUUAUUGACGGAGAUUGCUUGUUGGAGAAUUCAGGAUGUUGGAAUUUCUUGAUUUCCUAUAAUCCUUCCAUCCCUUUUUAACCAUUGAAUUAACAUGUACUGAGCAUGAAGAUUUUUAAGUUUUUGUCAAUAGCAGUAUCAGUGAAAGCAGUGACCACUUGAUCUAUAUCUACAUGUAUGGUUUUACCUUCUAUACACAGCAAUGGUCAUGACAGUUCCCAUCCAUUUGACUUGAGAAAUAUUGUACACAUGUAAAUAAAUACAGUCAAAUCCCACUUUAUGGACACCCACUUAAUGUGGACACCUCAUUAUUACAGACAGUUUGCUUUGUCCCUGGGCCAAAAAAAUCACUUACAUUUUGAUUUUUCUCUAAAUUUAACCCACUUACUACAGGCAUCCCAUUAAUAUGAACACUUUCUAUGGCCAUUUCAUUGUCCUUAUUAAUAGGGUUUGAGUGUAGAUUACUUUUUUUAGCAAUUAAUUUUUCAUUUUUACAGCUACUUGUGGCAUGCCAGAUCCUGAUCUAGCACUCAAGUUUGGUAGCUUUAAGAUGAUAAUGGGAUUUCUUCCAUGGCAAACCAGAUUAACAGAAUUUUUGUAA